AUGGGAGGCGCGUGUAGCAGCAACGCCUUCGCCGCGGUGCAGUUAUCGAUAUCCAGAUUCAGAAGCAACCGCACCGUUUCUUUGUUCUCGGUUCGAGCCUGCGACGACCCUCCUCGUGGCCCAUCCUGCAUAUACGUUGGCCCCCUUCACACCGCCACCAAAGAAACCCUCGAAGCUCUUUACUCUCAGGCGCGGGAUGCGUAUUACAGUGGAGAGCCUUUGAUACUCGAUGACAUGUUCGAUAGAGUAGAGUUGAAGCUUAAGUGGUAUGGUUCCAAGUCAGUUGUCAAGUACCCUCGAUGCAGUAUCCGGAGGCAUUCCACAUAUGCUGAUGCUGACGAAGAUCUGUCUUUGGCUUUUUCAUUAGCAAGCUUAUGGUCCCUAUUUCUUGCACUUGGCUGUUCAGCUUGUGUUUGGCCUAUAUUUUACACUAUUACCACAGCUUAUCAAAAGGCAUUCGACACGGGAGGAUUGUCAUAUGGUAGCCAAGCAUCAGGAAUAGGGCUUCUUUUUGUGGUCAAUAGCAUUAUCUUCAUGGCACUCGGUUUGGUCAUUGGCUACCCAGUUGCUUCAGCUUCAGUUAAGGUGCUUCAAGGCCUGUGGAUGGGUGAUUUAGCGGCACUAAAGGGUUCAUGUCCAAAUUGUGGAGAAGAGGUAUUCGCAUUUGUGAAAACGGACAAGGCUGAUGCCUCUCCUCAUAGAGCAGAUUGUCAUGUGUGUGAAUGCUUAUUGGAAUUUCGCACCAAAGUUGAGCAAUCUGAUUUAAGAUUAGGCCUGGAAUUAUCUCCCAUCUCAUCAAAGCUUUUUGAUCAGUCUCAGUCUGUUCGUGACGCCUGGAAUAUAGGAACAAUAGACAAUAAUUUAAAGGUUUUAAACGAGAUGGGUAGCCCCGAGGAUAAUGAAAACAAGGGCUUUUUCGCUGCCAUGACUUCCGGCUUCUCCAUCUUCAGCAAUGCUAUGCACCGAUCUGUCAGCGGGUUACUGGGAUAUGAAGGUGUAGAAGUUAUAAAUCCAGAGGGUGGAAAAGAGGAUGCAGAGGAGGAAGCCCAUAGAGGAAGAUGGAAACCAGAGGAAAGAGAUAGUUACUGGAAGAUGAUGCACAAAUAUAUUGGCUCAGAUGUAACAUCAAUGGUAACGCUACCAGUUAUUAUUUUUGAACCAAUGACUAUGAUUCAGAAAAUGGCAGAGUUGAUGGAGUACUCCUACUUGUUAGAUCAGGCAGAUAAAUGUGACGACUCAUACAUGCGGAUGGUGUAUGCAUCAUCAUGGGCUAUAUCUGUGUACUUUGCAUACCAACGGACCUGGAAGCCUUUUAACCCUAUCCUUGGAGAGACUUACGAGAUGGCUAACCAUGGUGGAAUUACAUUUCUUGCAGAACAGGUGAGUCACCAUCCCCCAAUGAGUGCUGGCCAUGCUGAGAAUGAGCAUUUUACAUAUGAUGUGACUUCAAAGUUAAAGACUAAGUUUUUGGGAAAUUCUGUUGAUGUUUACCCUGUUGGAAGAACACGUGUAACCCUCAAGAAAGAUGGUGUAGUCAUAGAUUUGGUUCCCCCUCCAACUAAGGUUAAUAAUUUGAUAUUUGGCCGAACAUGGAUUGAUUCACCUGGGGAGAUGAUAAUGACAAACUUGACAACGGGGGACAAAGUUGUACUCUACUUUCAACCAUGUGGAUGGUUUGGGGCUGGUCGCUAUGAAGUAGAUGGAUAUGUUUAUAAUUCUGCUGAGGAGCCUAAAAUUUUGAUGACUGGGAAAUGGAAUGAGUCAAUGAAUUAUCAACCUUGUGAUUUGGAAGGAGAGCCUCUUCCAGACACAGAACUGAAAGAGGUUUGGCAUGUUGCUGAUAUUCCACACAAUGAUAAAUUCCAGUAUACAUACUUUGCGCAUAAAUUAAACAGUUUUGACACUGCCCCUAGAAAAUUGUUGGCAUCAGACUCCCGUUUACGCCCAGAUAGAUAUCAACUUGAGAUGGGUGAUCUAUCCAAAUCAGGGGCAGAAAAGAGCAGUUUGGAGGAGAGGCAACGCGCUGAAAAGAAAAUCCGAGAAGCCAAAGGGCAUAAAUUCACAUCAAGAUGGUUUGAUUUAACGGAAGAGGUCACAUCAACUCCGUGGGGUGAUUUGGAGAUCUACCAAUACAAUGGUAAAUACACUGAGCAUCGAGCUGCUAUAGAUAACUCAGGCAGCACUGAUCAUCUUGAUAAUAAAGAAAUUGAAUUCAAUCCAUGGCAGUAUGGUAAUUUGUGCACAGAAUGA